UAGCCAGUUUGAAAGGGCGCAACAAGCCCAAACCUGCAGCCGGCACGCAUGAAUUUAGCUGCAUUUUACGUGAUUCUGAAUUGAAGUCAGCAGUUUCCGACCGCACAUAACUUAAGCAUACUGCAAUGGACCUCGAAUUCAGUGUUUUCCUUCGUGAAGUUUUGAAAAAUGGAUGUCUUUGAUUACUCCAUUGAGUUCUUGCUAUGGCUGAUGAUUUUCCCGAGGACUCGUUUUUCAGGAAUAGCAAUGUUGCUGCUCUGGAAGCUGCUAUUAAUGAGAAAGAUGACAAUCUGUCCAAACAAAGCAAAGCUGAGAGUAGCAUUAAGAGUCCAAAAUCGACUCAACAUGAACCGGCGACGGCAUUUAUCACAGCGAAGCAAUUGCUUCAUUCUAGAGGAGCUGAUUCCUCGUUGACUGCUUUUGGUCAUCCAGGUGCACAUGGGAAUGCUGGAAGCUCUGAAGAUUCAUGUCCACCUAAAUCAUCCAACAUCAAAGACUCUAAACGCACAACAUGUCAGGCCUCUAAAAAUUCACCCAAAUCUCAAACUACCAGGAAAAGGUGUCCCAGGAAAAUACUUGGGUCUGAAGAUGAGCCCAGCACCUCAAAGACGGCUCCUAAAUCAGAAACUGCCCCAAAGGAUAAACCCAAAACAUUGUAUCAACCCCUAAACAUUACCAAAAAUGCUACACUACAAAACAAGCACCCUGAUUGCUCAGCUAAUGGCAUUUUGUCAAACUGUGAUGCAGCACACUUAUCUUCAGGUGAUUUGGAGAGCUCUCUCAAAGACAACUCCUCCCUUCUUCUAACUCAGCAGAAGCUAAGGCUGGACACUUGGGGUCUACCCCAAAGUAUUUUAACUCAGUACGCCAAAAGAGGCGUCACUGAAAUGUUUCCCUGGCAAGUUGAAUGCCUGUGCUGCCCACGAGUACUUAAUGGAGGCAACUUGGUCUAUUCAGCUCCCACAUCUGCUGGUAAAACAUUGGUUUCUGAGAUUGUUUGUAUCAAAACUGUUCUGGAGAGACGCAAGAAGGUGUUAUUUGUUUUACCUUUUGUUUCUGUUGUGCGUGAAAAAAUGUUUUAUUUCCAGGAAUUAUUUAGAGGGAGUAAAGUACGAGUUGAUGGUUAUAUGGGUGGCCACUCUGCUGCAGGAGGUUUCCGCUCGCUGGACUUAGCCGUGUGUACCAUUGAAAAAGCUAACAGCCUCGUAAACAGAUUGAUGGAGGAAAAUGAAUUAGCGAAAUUGGGGGCUGUCAUUGUUGAUGAGCUUCAUUUGAUUGGAGACCCACACAGAGGAUACCUGUUGGAACUGCUUCUCACAAAGUUAAAAUACAUGUCUAUUAGGAACAAAGAUAUUUCAGUUCAGAUUGUUGGGAUGUCUGCCACAUUGCCUAACUUGUCACUUUUAUCAAAUUGGCUUGAAGCAGACCUUUACAAGACAACCUUUCGACCAGUACCUUUGGAGGAAUUCAUUAUUGGAGACACUCUUUACAACAACAGCAUGAAGCCUGUCCGGACCAUUACGCCAGAGAUCACAAUAAAGAAUGACACUGAACAUAUUGUCUAUUUAUGUUUGGAAACAAUUGCUAAUGGACAUUCUGUUCUCAUCUUCUGUUCUACAAAAGCAUGGUGUGAAUCACUUGCUCAAACUGUGGCUUGUGAAUUCCGUACGAUUGGUCUUGGCAGAGACAUUAAUGCCCCUGACAGUCUUCCGUACAAACUAAGGGAACAACUCAAUUCUGCUCGCAUAUCAGAAUGCCUAGGGCAAUUACGAAAUUGUCCAGUAGGAUUGGAUAAUUUGUUAGGCAAAGUUGUGUCCUUUGGAGUAGCAUACCACCAUGCAGGCCUCAGUAUGGAUGAACGAGACAUUAUUGAGGGAUGCUUUAAGAAUGGAACUUUACGGGUUCUGGUCGCAACAACUACUCUCUCAUCAGGUGUCAAUCUUCCUGCCAGAAGAGUUAUUGUAAGAUCUCCUACUUUUCAAGGCCGGUCGAUUGAUAUCCUUUCCUACCGCCAGAUGAUUGGGCGAGCUGGGCGAAUGGGUGUGGAUUCUGCUGGUGAAAGCAUUAUCAUAUGUCAGAAAACAGAACAGCGUAUUGUGGCAAACUUAGUUUUGUCUGCCUUGAAGCCGAUUGAGAGCUGUCUUGGGCAUGGUGAUCUCUCAGCAAGUCUGAAAAGAGCCAUUUUAGAAGUGAUUGCUGGGAAAGUUGCAAGUACACCAGAAGAUCUUGAACUUUACACUAAGUGUACCCUCCUAGCCCAGAGCCGGGAAGGAACUGAGGAAAAUAGCAAUCCAGUUUCUGCCUGUAUUUCUUUCCUUGAGGAUAAUGAAUUAAUUAGACUCCAGACUGGAGAUGAUGGAGUUUUACGCUAUUCUGCGACUCCUCUUGGACAAGCAUGUCUCUCUGCAUCGAUUCAUCCUGAUGAAGGGCUUCGUUUAUUCCAGGAAUUGCAACGUGCAAGGCAAUGCUUUGUGCUAGAAAACGAGCUUCACCUUGUUUACCAAGUAAAGCCUCUUAAUGUGGCUGAUCAGUGGAAUAAUUUAGACUGGAUGCAUGUUCUUUCACUAUGGGAGCAAUUGUCUCCUGAUUUGAAACGUGUUGGAGAAUUAGUUGGUGUGGAAGAUAGGUUCAUUGUGAGAGCUAUGCGAGGAACAAUUAAUUUGAAAUUGGAGAAACAGCGGCAGAAACUUCUGAUCCACAGGAGGUUUUAUACUGCCCUUGCAUUAAAUGACCUGGUCAAUGAAGUCCCAUUAAAUACUGUAGCAGCUAAGUUUAACUGUUCUCGAGGGAUGCUCCAAAGUUUACAACAGUCAGCAUCCACUUAUGCUGGCAUGGUCACAUCAUUUUGUCACCGAUUAGGCUGGUCCUCAGUGGAGCUAAUAAUAAAUCAAUUUCAAGACCGCCUUCACUUUGGAACUCACAGGGAACUGUUAGACCUUUUAAGGUUGCCCUCUUUAAACGGACCGCGAGCCAGAGCCCUGUAUAAUGCCGGGGUUACUUCUGUGUCGGAAAUGACCACAGCCGAUGUGCUCACCGUUGAGAAUGCCUUGCAUGCUGCCAUUCCUUUCUCUAGCGAUAAAGAAAGAGAGGGAGAAACCACAUCAGAAUUAGAGCGCAGGAGAGCUCUGAAAGGAAUUUGGAUCACUGGAAGGCAAGGCUUGUCUGAAAGGGAAGCUGCUGAGUUCAUCAUUAAGGAAGCUAGAACCAUUAUUCAGGCGGAGCUUGGUUUGGUUGAUGUGAAUUGGGACCAAAAGAAACAGAAUAAUGCUGUGAUCAAUGACGCAGAUUCCUUACUUGGAAGAGCAUCUAGCACCGAAGAGAGUUCAUCUACCUUUGAUGAAGCAAAUGUAAAACAGUGUGAGACUAUUGUGCUGAAAGCACCUGAAUCUGCCAUUGGUCUCACUGAAAAUACCAGUUCUACUGUGUUGCAAGAUACUGUUGCAGCAGCUGAGCCUAAGAUAGAUAUUGGAGAAUCAAUGAAUGGGAAUAUAUCAGACAUGAAAAAUUCUAUCCUACCUGAAACUUCUGAUAUCACCAAUAAUUCAUAUAGGGAAAAAGUGAUUGAAAUAACUAUUAACAACUCUUAUCUGCAUAAAGCUGCGGAAACCGUGAAUAUGGAAACAGUAAAUAACUCAAACCUAGAAAGAGUUUUUGAAACAGAUAAUUUGGAAGCCAUCCAUAACUCUAAUCAGGAUAAUGUUGUUGAAACAGAAAAUUUGAAAACUUUCGAAAAUUCUAAUCUAGAGGAAGUAAGGGAAGUGGAUAACUCAAGAAAAGCGAGUGAACGAACUGUUCAAGGUGAACAAGAAUGCAUUGGAGGGAAAGACGAAAGCUAUCAUCAUGCUGACAGCUCUAAAAAUUUAUCCACAGACAUGUUUGAAAAUAAUAUAUGUGAUUUUUCCAACUUAAGUGAAACUAUGGAAAAGAUAGCACCAUCAACUGAUGAUAAGCCUACAAGCCCCCUUGAAAGUUCAAAACACUUACAAACCAGUGUUGACAUUUUUUUUGAGUCUUCAUUUUCCAAUUCAGCUCUUGCAAAAUUAGCUGCCAAUAUUACUGAUGUUCCAAAUACAAAAAGUAAAGAGACAUCACAGCACCAAAAUGUUGAAAACAGCCCAUCUUUUCAUCCAAGUGGUACAGACUCUUGCAUGGGUUCUUGGAACAUAAACAUGUCAGCAAUAGACAGAUUAUGUGCACAAGAAGAGAUUGGUGAAAACUCAGCAGAUAAAGGAAAGGUUCCCACAGAUUCAACACCAAUAUCAAGGAGGCCAUCAUGGGACCUUUUUGCUUGUAGUCCUUCUGAAAAUGAGAAUGCUGCUGUUAAAGAAUCUGAAGACAUGUUUGCCUCAUUUACUACUCCUGUUUGUGACAGAGUUUUGCGACCAAGAAAUAGAAGUGGAAGUAGCAGUAACAGCAAAGGCAUACAAAAUACUGCAUCCCCACUAUCAUUCAUCAAUUACUCCAAAAGUCCUAGUUUGUUUGGUGAUAGUUUUGAAAUUAAUACUGGGCUGAUGGAAGUGCUUGAUGGUGGAAGCACUGCUGACAGCAGAAUGGUGCAGGACGGUUCCCCUGCAUUGAGCCCUCCAAAAGCUCCUGAGCCUGCAGCCACCAAGCAUGGCAAACUAAAUAAAUUCCUAAACCCAGCAAAAAAGCCACAGCACCUAUUGGAAGGUAAAGGAUGUGAGUCCAAUGGUCCUAAAGACCCACCUGUUUGUCGUAAUAGUGCUAAUCUACGCCUAGGGCUGAGUUGUCGGGCGGUGUCAAAGAAAUCACAAGGCACUGACAAAUCAGUAUCAAGCAAUUCAAAAGAUCCAGUUUAUACUGAAAUUUUGACAGACUCAUUCAUGGAAGCAGCAUUUCAGACUGCAUUUUACAGUGAAUCCAACAUACUAGAUGUUCAAAGUCUGCUGAGAAGUGUGACCCACUCCAAGACAUACAAGACAAGAAAAAACUUGUGCAGGUCGUGCAAUGGAUAUGAAGAAGUCGUGAAUACACCUCCAGAGAAUGAGAAGAACUUGAGAAAGUCUUCAAAAGUCUGCAGUUCUUCCACUAUAUCACCCCAAAGAAUAAAAUCAACCAAACAGCAGGUUGGUAUGACACAAAAAUCAUCUUCAAAUGGAAUUGGACCUCCACUUACCCGCAGAAUGCUGGCUAACCGACAGAAAAGUACAUCUAGUAUUGAUAAGACUCAACCUGAAAAUGUCCCAAGUACUACUACCUUAACUAGUUCAAAUUUAGAUCAAAACGACCACAUUAAAAAUCCUUUCACUUUAGCUGAGGCAGAAGAAGAUUGGACCACAUAUAAUAUAAUAGAUGUUUGUCGCAGUAAAAUACUUUUUAAAACAUUUUACAAGGAAGCGAUGGUUGCUACAUUAUGGGCUCUUUCUCUUGCCUGUGAACGGAGUGAAACCAAUGAGCUACCAGUGGGCAUUGGUUCAAAGAUUUUGAAGACGCAUAGGACCUCAAGGCAAGAUUCCAAAUCGUGUAGCAUUUCCCAGUUGUCAGUUGCCGGGAGUACCCUUGUUGGAGUUUCCUUUUGUUUUGGAGGUACUGAUGCCUACUUUCUCAAUCUGGAGACCAAGUCUGAGCAUUGUGUUAUUUCAUUAAGUGAGCGAUUGGAACUUCUGAGGAAGGUUCUCUGCAGAGAUGACAAAAUGACAAGGCCAAUAGUAUGUUCCUUUGAUGUCAAGGAGCAAUUUAAAGUGUUGUUCAGGUGUACUGGUGUUCAAAUGUACAACCUGUCUUUAUAUGAUCCAAAAAUUGGUGAUUGGCUUUUGGAACCAGAAGGCAAAGAGAAGACUUUGCAAUCUUUGGUCAUUAAGUAUUUUGAACAAGCUAUUGGCUUGGCAGAACAUGCAGGCAAUGUACGGUUUGGCCAGGGCAGCCCUGCAUUGGAUGUUGACCAAACUAUACCUGGGAGACAGCGUUCCAGUGUUGAAGCUAUAUUGUGUUAUCAAAUUAUGAGUGCCCAAUAUAGUAAGCUACAAGCCGUAGACCUUCUUUCAUGCUUUACUGAUGUGGAAAUGCCUGUUGUUGCCUGUGUUGGUGGUAUGGAGUUGACUGGUAUUGGUUUCAACACUGACACUUUACAAAAUCAACAAGAAAAGCUACGAGAAGAAAUGUCCAUUCUGGAGAAAAGAGCCUAUUUGUUGGCAGGCCGCACCUUUUCACUAACAUCACCAGCAGAUACAGCGAGGGUUUUAUAUCAAGAGCUCAGGUUGGGCCAAGGACAGAAUCUGAAAGGUCGACUCAGAAAGACCAGUAAAGAGGAACUUAGCAAACUGCGAUCAGAGCAUCCAUUACCGGAUGUAAUUCUUAUGUGGCGUAAACUGAAUGCAAUCCACUCAAAAACUGUUUGUCCUCUGCUGCCUUCUGAGCCAUGCACCAGAUUAUUUGGACGGUACAUUUUGCACACUGCGACUGGGCGGAUUUCGAUGUUUGAACCAAACAUACAAUGCAUUCCAAGAGAUUUUGAGAUUUCCCUAGAGUCCAAGGAGUCCUUCUGCAUGCGGACGGCCUUUGUGGCUUCUCAAGGUGCAUCACUGGUGGCUGCUGACUAUUCUCAACUAGAAUUGAGACUUCUUGCCCAUCUCUCUGGCGACACUAAACUUCUAAACAUAUUAAACCAAGGGCAAGAUGUCUUCAAAAAUUUAGCUGCAGAAUGGAACAGCAUUCCAUUUGAGCAGGUUACUGAUGAUCAUAGACAAAAAGCCAAGCAAAUAUGCUAUGGGAUAAUUUAUGGAAUGGGUGCUCGAGCAUUAGCUGAUCAGCUUGAAGUUGAAGAAGCUGAAGCAGUAGAUCUUAUGGAAACAUUCCAUUCAAAAUUCCCAGCCAUAAAUGACUAUCUCUCAAGAACUGUGAAAAACUGCCAAUGCCAAGGAUACGUCAAAACUUUACUGGGACGCUAUCGGUACCUUCCAGGAAUCAGUAGCUCAAGCAUUCAUGUAAAAGCUCAUGCUGAACGACAAGCAGUAAACACCACAGUUCAAGGGUCAGCCGCAGAUUUGGUUAAAACUGCAAUGGUUGUUGUCGAGAAGGCAAUAUACAAAUCCUUUCCUCACGCGUUAUGUGCUGUUGGUAAAGAAUUCUCACUCAAUGUGCCUCGCCUUGUCCUUCACUUGCAUGAUGAACUUAUGUAUGAAGUACCUAAUGACAGUUUGGACAAAUUUUGUCAUAUUCUCAAAGAUGGAAUGGAAAGGGCAAUUCCUUUAUCAGUUAAAUUGCCAGUAAAAGUGAAAGUUGGCAAGACCUGGGGCAGUUUAGAAUUGAAAACAUUCCCUGCGAAUGUUGAAACAUCCUCCACCAAUGUUAAAACAUCUUCAAUCAAUUGACUUUUUCAUCAAAUUUUAAUUUUAGUUGCUAUAUAUACACAAAACAUUUAUGAAUUUCUGGUAAUAUCCAUUAUAUUGCCCAGGACAAUUUACUACUUGUUAUUGAUAAUCAAUUUUGUGUCCUGGAACUUUAUUCCAUUAUGGUCAUGGAAAAACAUGUGUGUCCCAAUUGUAGGAUUUUUCUUGUAUUUUCAUUUCUCUUUAUUGUCUGUGAUAUACACUUCUUUUUUGUUUGUUACUUUAUGUCUUUGUUCUUUCUGUUGUAUUUGUUUUGCAUUUUUCUCUAGAAUAAUGAUUUUCAUUUUCUUUGUUAGCAUAAUUGAAUGAUAAUGCAUGGAUCUAUGUAUCAAAUUUAUUGAAUGGGUCAAAAGUAAUUUUUAUUAGUAUUCAAAAUAGUCAAAUAUUUUUCAUACUGAAUGAAACUGUUAAGUGGGUAUGAGAAACACCUUCCUGUUUAGACAGAUGACAAGUGACAGUCAUCUGAUAACUGAACUGUUUUCAGUGUAUGGUUAUUUGACAUUUCUUAAAUUCCGCUGCCCUGUUUUGAAGAUUUUGCAAGAUGAACAGAACUCGCCAUGCCAUCUCAUAUGUUUGCCGUUGCCGAAAGGCACUUGUUCCAUUGCUGCCAUCUCAAACUUCCAACUUAAACAAAUGUUUAUCUGUGCCAGACCACAGACGCUUUUUUCCUCCCUUAAAAAUGGUCCUAGCUGUCACAACAUUGAAGAUAUUUUCCCAAAAUUGCCUAUAAAAUCACCUCCAAUGUUUGCAAUGGAUGUGGCCAAUAGGUUAUUCAAACAAGUGUCAUGGACUGUGGAUAAUCAGCUGAGCAAGGAUGACAUCCUCAACACUAAUGCAGCUGCAGAGAAGAUUUUAAUGUUUGUGACCGAAUGCUUGGUAAAUAAUGAAUUUGAAGUGUUGGAAGAAAAGCUCAGCGAAGAAGCGCUACAGAAAGCUCGCUCAAUAGCACUUGCAGAGUCUAAUGAUAAGUGCUUAAUUUUUGAAGGGACUU